UAGUUGUUGCUGUUGACAAUGGGUGAAAACACGUUCCCCGUGUACACUGCGGAGGCGAUAACCAACUUUUACCGAACAGAAGUUCUUACCGGACAAGAAGCCAAACAUUUCGUAAAGACUGACCUGACUCCUGCUCCUAAGCCAGAGGCGGUUCAGCAGCUCUACAAGAGAGUGUUGCAUCUCCUGUAUCGCUUCAGACCUGAGUGUCACUCCAUGGUUCCACUUAUGGAGAACAUCCAGUAUCCAGAGUAUCAUGAGGGAGUGGCUGCUAUCAUUAGCGUCUACGUGCGCAUGCGUCAGUUUCUGCCCAUGUGCUUCGUUUACGACUUUUCACUGAAUGACCUUCUAGCACCAAAAAAACAAAGGACUCUGACUAUUCUGAGCGCCAUCAUGAACUUUCUGCACUUCAGGAAGCAGAGGAUCGAAGUGAUCUCAGAGAAACAGGCUAAAUUAAGAGCAGACAUGGACAGACUGCAGAUAUGCACCAGAGAAAACCUGGAAGCAGAGAGGAAGAUUGAGAUGCUGACGAUCAUCCCACCCGAGCAGCAAGCAGAGUCUGACGAGCUGGCAGCCACUCUGUCUGAGCUGCAGGCCACCACCGUGCACGAGUACCAGGAAGUGAACACAAAAAACGACAGCAUCGCAGAGCUAAAAACUUUAAUAGCGGAGAAGACUCAGAAACUGGCCCAGAUGAAAGUGGACGUCAGCAACCUGAAAGAGGACAUCACCAAACUAAAGUCUCAGAUCGUGGAGUCUCCAGAGGAGCUGAAGAGCCAGAUGGAGAAGAUGAGGGAGCAAGUGAAGAACAUGAAGAACUCCAUCGAAGAUACAGAUGAGCGGGUGGUGGAGCUGCAGAGCAUGGUGCAGAAUGUGACUCACACCGAGACAGAGAUCCAGCAGACCUUCAACCUCCUGCAGGAGCUGGAGAGCAGCAUGAUCAUCACCAAGCAGCAACAGGAGGAGGUCCAGGAGCUGACGGCUCAGUACGAGAAGAAGCAGAAGGAGCUGAAGAACCUGUGCUUCGAGGAGGGCCAGCUGAGGAGGGUUCUGGGUAUGAAGCAGGACAAAGAGUCCAAACAGAAACUCCGCAGGCAGAAGAAGAAGGAGAUCAAGGAGCAACACGUUCAGGGCAUGCUGGGGCAGUGUAACCAGAUCCAUCAGAAGCGUGAGGAGAUGGUCGACAAAAUCCAGCAGAUCUCCGGGGACACGGAACAGCUGAAAGCCAAGAUCCAGAACCUGAAAGACGUGUGCAGCAGAGAGACAGAGAAAGCUCAGGUUCUGUAUGACACCCUCGCAACUUCAAUCGACAAGCUGCACCGGAGGAUCGAGAUGCAGACUGUGGAUCUGAAACAAGUCGUCACCAAGAUGUCCGAAAACUUUUAAAUAGAUUAUUUUCUAUUAUAUUUCUGUUUGUUACUGCUUUGUUUGUUUGCGUUCUAACCUUUUGUUGUCU